CUCCCACAUCACGCUUUAAAACCAUCUUCUUUCUUUCCAGAGCUCUUACCUCUCGCUGAGUCAAAGCGAAAGACAUUCUAAUACAAGACUGGCGACGUUCCUCUUAACUUGCCUUUCAGAUCUCAUAAUGUGUAUUAUAACAGAAGAAAACUAAUAUCUCAUUCGUUUCAAUGAACGAGAUCACGCAUCAAGAGAGACUACAGUAGGGAAGCGGCAGAUUACGCUUUUUUUUGGAGUGUAAGCAGUGCAACUUUCUAUCUUUUUUCAAGAGGAGAGGAACAUAUCGGUCUCGAGAGCAUCGUGGUUCUCACUGGACCGGAGUGUCAUGCUCUUAGUCAGUCAGAGGAUCCAAUGAAAAUGUCCGUCUGCGCGCAUGAGAACCGCAAAUCCUGCCUCAGCUCAGCGUCCAUGAACAUCUUCCUGUUUCACAAGUCAUCGUACGCGGACAGCGUCCUUACGCACCUCAACGCGCUCCGGCAGCAGCAGCUCUUCACCGAUGUCCUCCUCCACGCUGGGAGACGCUCCUUCCCCUGCCACCGUGCUGUGCUGGCUGCAUGCAGUCGCUACUUCCAGGCCAUGUUCAGCGGAGGUCUCCGGGAGAGCCAGGCCAGCGAGGUGGACUUCAGGGACUCCAUCCACCCAGAGGUCCUGGAGCUCUUACUAGACUAUGCCUACACCUCCCGGGUGGUGAUCAACGAGGAGAAUGCAGAGUCCCUCCUGGAGGCCGGAGACAUGCUGGAGUUCCAGGACAUCCGGGACGCCUGCGCUGAGUUUCUGGAGCGGAACUUGGCUACGUCCAAUUGCCUGGGCAUGCUGCUGCUGUCCGACGCCCACCAGUGCACCAAGCUGUCCGAGCUCUCCUGGAGCAUGUGCCUCAGCAACUUCCCCACCAUCUGCAAGACGGAGGACUUCCUUCAGCUGCCCAAGGACAUGGUGGUGACGCUGCUGUCCCAUGAAGAGUUAGAGACGGAGGACGAGAGGCUGGUCUACGAGGCCGCCCUCAACUGGGUCAACUAUGACCUGGAGAGGAGGCACUGCCACCUCCCCGAGCUGCUGAGGACGGUCCGCCUGGCCCUCCUCCCCACCAUCUUCCUCAUGGAGAACGUGUCCACAGAGGAGCUAAUCAAUGCCCAGACGAAGAGCAAGGAGCUGGUGGACGAGGCCAUACGCUAUAAACUCAGGAUCCUCCAGAACGAUGGUGUGGUCAACAGUCCCCUGGCCAGGCCCAGGAAGACCAGCCAUGCCCUGUUCCUCUUGGGAGGACAGACAUUCAUGUGUGACAAGCUGUACCUGGUAGACCAGAAGGCCAAGGAGAUCAUACCCAAGGCCGACAUCCCCAGCCCCAGGAAGGAGUUCAGCGCUUGCGCCAUCAGCUGUAAGGUCUACGUGACCGGCGGGAGGGGCUCAGAGAACGGUGUGUCCAAAGAUGUUUGGGUCUACGAUACGUCCCGCGAGGAAUGGUCCAAGGCGGCGCCUAUGAUCAUCGCCCGCUUCGGCCACGGAUCGGCCGAGCUCAAAAACUGCCUCUACGUGGUUGGAGGACACACAGCGGGUACAGGCUGUCUCCCCGCCUCGCCCUCUGGGUCACUCAAACAGGUUGAGAAGUACGACCCGGUUGCCAACAAGUGGUGCAUGGUGGCGCCGCUGAGGGAGGGCGUGAGCAACGCGGCGGUGGUCAGUGUCAAACUCAAACUCUUCGCCUUUGGAGGAACCAGCGUCACCCACGACAAAUUACCCAAGGUGCAGCUCUACGACCCACAGGAGAAUAGGUGGUCUGUCCCUGCCUCCUGCCCACAGCCCUGGCGAUACACGGCCGCCGCCGUCCUCAACAACCAGAUCUUUGUGAUGGGCGGCGACACAGAGUUCUCGGCGUGCUCUGCCUAUAAGUUCAACAGCGACAGUUACCAAUGGACUAAAGUAGCAGAUGUGACAGCCAAGAGGAUGAGCUGCCAGGCAGUGGCAUCAGGUAACAAACUGUAUGUGGUGGGAGGCUACUUUGGCACUCAGCGGUGUAAGACUCUGGACUGUUACGAUCCAACACUGGACGCGUGGAACAGCAUCACUACCGUACCCUACUCACUCAUCCCCACAGCAUUCGUCUCCACCUGGAAACACCUCCCAGACUGAGGACUCAGACUCAACGUCGAGCAUCGGCCUCACGGCCUCGUCGCUAUACUGGAUUAUCUAUUCGAUUAAAGACUGUGAAGGUGCCAGAUAUUCAACGUGAGGAUGGCAAGAAAGAUUUGCUGUUUAACAUGAAGGACUGCAGGCGGGUGGACUAUCUUAUCGGUGUAAAGAACCCUGUGGUGUUUACACGAAGGAUGAAUAUAAUAUAUCUCUACUUUAUAUUCCUUCAUUUGUAUAUCCUUAUUUGACUUUAAAGACUAUUCCAAUAACUCAAUCGUUCCUAAUAUGUUGUGGGCCUAGUGUAUUUGGAGCAAUCAUGCCACUUAGACAGUGUUUACACAGGUUUACACAAUUCUGGUCUUUUGUGCAAUUAUUGUCAAAAGAGCUGAUCUGAUUUGGUCAAAAUACCAAUUAAUGGAAAGAGAAUAAGAAUUGGGCUGACUGUAAAUGCAGCCGAUGUCACGUGGAUUCUCACAAGUGAGGUGGGUAGACUAGGUGAAAAAUCUGUCUACGUGCCCUUGAGCAAGGCACUUAAUCCCGAUUGCUCCUGUAAGUCUCUCUGGAUAAGGGCGUCUGCUAAAAUGUAAGUGAAUUCCACUUGUUUUUGGACUUCAAAAUAACCCAUAAGGACUCGUGGUUAAAGACAUGCCAAAAAAAUGCACAUGUGGCAGUGGAGAGAUCAGAAAUCGACUGUGUUGUUACUGACAUGCAACUGUGGGACAAGACCAGUAAAAGAGGAGGAAAGUAGAACCAGAGAGGAACCUCACAAUCCCUGGCAGGUCAUGUAGGAGAAAUGUACUGAAAAUGUUCUUUCUGUGUAAUUUAUAAGGUAAGGGUUAUUUACCUUACGCAGGGACUAAUUCUAUUGUUUGAACUGGAUGAUUAUUUAAUUUAUUGUUUUUAUUUUUUUUUCGCUGCUUGUAUUCUGUAACAAAAUGAUGUCACUUUGUUGCCUUUUUCUACGGUAUUUUUUUGUGUGUGUGAUUUUACUGCUUCGAGAUUGAAUAAUUGUUUGCACAUGUAUGCCUCUGAUCUGGGAGUAUCCCCAUUCCUUGUAGACAUGGUAGAAGAGGAGCUUCCUCUGCUUUUAAUUUAACUGGAGGCUUGCCAAAUAAAAUGGAGACCCUGAAGAGAUAUUGUAGGUUUAGCUAAGCAACAAAUGGAACCCUAUUCCCUAUAUAGUGCACUACUAUUGACCAGAGCUCUAUGUCAAAAAUUGCCCACUAUAUAGGGCAUAGGGUUCUGGUCUAUAGUAGUGCACUAUAUAGGGAAUAGGGCUC